AUGGAGAUCGAAGAGACGCCGCCGCCACAACCACCGGCACCACCGGCGAAACCGCUGCCGCCGCGCGCGCUCGCAUUCCUCGACGGCCCGACGGACGAGCACCGCGUCGCCGGGUUGCUGCUCCUCGCGGCCGCCGACGCGUCGAGUCUGCAGGCGCAUGCCUCAGAAAUCGCCGCCAAGCUAGAAGCGUCGAACUUCCUCGCGCGCCUGCUCAAGACGGCCGGCGACGACGGCGCGGCGCUGACGAGCGCGCAGCGCGCGGGCCUCGAGGUCGCGCGGGCGCUCGCGGGUACGUCGGCCGACGUCCGGGACGCGCUCGCCAAGAGUGCUGCGCUCGAGGCCUGCGGCGCGUGUGUGCUGAGCGUCGCCGACGCGCGGACGAUGGCGGCGCGCGGCGAUAGCAUCGAGGGCGGAAGUAAUGAAGACGCGGCGGCAGCACUGCGUUGCCUCGACAGCUUGGUAGGCGGCGACCCGCGACGACUCGUGACGAGCGGCGUCGACGGCGCGCCUUUACUAGCCUUUUGCCGGGAUGCCGACGAGCAGCUCUGGCCCGCGGCAACGUCAUUACUAAGAUGCUGCUGCGCCGGCGGCGGUCUUGAUGAUGAGAGUGUGCGAGCUUUGACUCUCUUGGCGACGACCGUGCGUGCCAAAUCAGAAACCUACGCGCGCGAGGCGCCUUUGAUAGAGUGCCUGGCCCUGGCGGUGGCGGCGCGCGCGGGCGCGGCGCGGACGUCGUCGACGGCCGCGCACGCGCGGAAGGCGGCGCGCGACGUCGUCGAGGAGGCCGUGCCGCGCCUGCUGCGGCGGGGCGGCGCGCGGGAAGUUUGUAGGGACGCGGCGCUCGGCGCCGCGGCGGUCUGCGCGUCCGGACGGCGCGGCGCCGCGUGGCUCUGGGGCCGCGACGGCGCCGUCGUGCGCGUCGUCGCGGGCUGCGCGGCCGCCGAGGCGCGCCUGGCGCUGGACGAGGCGCUGGCCCUCGCGGCGGGCUCGGGCGGCGACGACCGCCAGCGCCGCGCGGACCGGUGCACGCGCGUCGCGCCGCUGUGUUUGGGCGUGCUCGAGCGCGUGCUGCGCUUGUUGCUGGGCGACGACGAGUCGGGCGACGAGUCGGACGACUCGGAGGCGCCGGACGCGCCGGCGCCGGCGCCCGACGCCGUCCUGGGCUGCCGCGACGCCGUCCGCGACGCGGCCGACGCGGCGCUCGGCUUCUGCGGCGAGGCGCGUUUACAGCGCGACGCGGCGGCUCGUGGACUCCCGGAAGCCCCAGCGCCCGCGGCGCUCGAGCUGCUGCUCGCACUCUGCCGGCCCUGCCUGUCGCUCCUCGGACUCCUCGCCGCCGAGCUCGACGAGGACGAGACAGGCGAUGACGAUGGCGACGGCGACGGCCUCGCGCUCCACGCGCGCCUCGCGGAGCUGCGACCUUUUGUUGAUGAUUUGGUUGCGGCCGACCGCGGCGGCGCGCCGCCGCCGCCGCCUGCAGCUGGUGAUGACGAUUCCGCGCCAUCCUCGUCGGAGGAAGACUCAGACGACGAGAUAGACUAUGGGACUUAA